CCAUGUCUCAGGAGAACCCGGACCCGGACACCCAGGUGGACCAGGAGGACGAGAAGCAGGACGCCCAGGAGAAGAAUGCAAACCCCGUGAAGGCGGAGGAGGCCAAGCUGCAGGCCAAGUACCCUGUGCUGGGACAGAAGCCCGGCGGAUCGGACUUCCUCAUGAAGAGAUUACAGAAAGGGCAAAAGUACUUCGACUCGGGCGACUACAACAUGGCCAAGGCCAUGAAGAAAAAGCAGCUUCCUGUGGUCGGGCCCGACAAGAACCUGGCGACCGGCGACCACAUUCCAACGCCGCAGGACCUGCCCCAGAGGAAGUCGUCCUUGGUGACCAGCAAGCUAGCCGGCUAGCCUUCAUCAUGCCAGAAGCACCCCCCCCCCUCCCCUGGGGCUCGCGGCAAAGGUCCCUCCUCCUC